AUGGGUGACAACAAAGAUCCUUUCCGAGACAUCACCUUCGAUGGUCAGCCUGGUGGAUAUCGUGAAUUUAGACGGAAGGUGAUCCUGUCAGCUGCAGCUGUGGAGUACAAAAAUCAACAUCUUGUUGGACCAAAACUCCUCAGCCGCCUCACAGGUGAAGCUUGGCGAUGUACGGAACAUUUGCCAAUCUCGGAAGUGCGACUGAAAAAGGGUUGGGUCAAAGUGUUGGAGUGUCUGGAUCAACACUAUAGAUACCUGCCUGAAGUAGAGUUGCAUGAGGCCAUCGAUGAGUUCAUGUUCAAGCUGUCACGCCGUCCAAAUGAAGGUGCAACUGCUUUCUCAUCUCGAUUCCGGACACAAUUGUCGAGAUUGGAAACACUGAUUGCGCAAGAGCGUGACAUAGCAAAAGAGAAAAGAGAUGGCCGCAAACGAAAGCAUGAUUUCCCUGGUCCCGCAUCACCGGUGCCAAGUUCCUUGGCCGAGUCUUCAGAAUCCGAGACUGGUGGUGGCGAUGAGCCGGCAGAUGAAACAGAUGAUGCUGAACCAGCAACUCAGCCUGAGCAAGCUGCUGAGGCUCCUGCAAGCGAUGCUCAGCCAUCGCAACCUCCAGCUCAGCCAAAAACUGCCUCGAGACCUCCUUCAAGGACUUCUCAUCCACCGUCACAGCAGGGUUCAUACAAGUCCGUGCACAGUGGUUCGAGUGGUCGCAAGUCGAAGCGUCAGCUCUCGUCUGGCACUUGGCAAGCAGAUAUGGAGAAGCAACAGUUGGAGAUGCAACAGAUUCUGGGUUCGGUUGAACGUUCUCAUAGAAAGCCAAAGCCUAUCUUUCCUCAAUCUGUACUGGGACAUCUGUAUAUGAGAAAAUAUGGUUUAUCAAAAGAACAACGGUCACAAGUGAUCAGAGCUACAGGUGGAUCCUCACGUUUUCUGGAUGUGGAACGGAUUCUUAGGGCUUCAGACAUUGAGGACAAUCAUCGAAGAGACCCAAAACGUCAUCAAGUUCCUUUCAAAUCUCAGCGUCGUGAUGCCUAUGCCGUGCAGGUGAAUGAUGAUGAUGCGAGCUCUUCUAUUGAAGCGCCAAUGUCAAGCACUGAAUCAGGUGAAGAGGCCAUGCUGGGUGAGACGGGAGAAAAAUCUGGUGAUGGAUCUGAUGAAGGGUUGCAAGAGGUUUAUGAAAUGCAGAAAAAGGCAAAACGGGAUUUCGAAAAGAGUUUUCGAACAUACAAGGAAAGCAAGAAAAGAGUGAAAGAGAUCAAAAAGUCACGAUCUGGGACUCCAUAUUUCCCUGUGGUUGCAAUGACUCCUGAACAAGCAGCUGCCUCAAGCGGUGCAGCACCAAGCCAGAAGUCAUUCAAGUAUGAUCAAAAACAGAUGGUAAAGCGAAAAGGGGAUGGAAAGUCUCAGAAGCAACAAAAUCCACGAAAAGAAGAUGCAAAUAUGGCAGUCACUGAGGUUCUCACCGAGUUCAGCUACAUGGUUGAAGAUCAGUUUGUGCUGGGGGAUGAUGUACAAGAGAUUUUGCUGGCCUCCAUACCCACUGGUUAUGCAAUUUUGGACACUGGUUGUACUACGUCAGUUGUUGGGGAAGAUACUGCAACUGCAUAUCGGGAUCUAUUCCAGCAGAGUGGUCAUCCUCCUCCUCAAGGUGUCGAAUUGCCGCCUGUUGAACUGAAGGGUUUCAAUGGUCGAAAGGAAACUACCAACAAAGGUUUGAAAUGGACCGUACGUUUGGGGAAUUUGCAUGGUUGCAUUACCACAUACCUGGUUCCUGGUCAAACACCAUUCCUGCUCUCAAGAUGUGUGCUAGAGGGAAUGGGUGCCUCCCUGGACUUGGGUCGCAUGACCAUCACCAGCGAGAAACAUGGGAUGCAAUCGCAGCCACUCCAGCAAGCAGCCAAUGGCCAUUUGAUUCUGCCUCUCUACCCGGUAGAGGACAUCAAGAUUGCCGAAGCGCCAGCAUGCAGCAGCCAGGACUGCCAACAUGACCCUGACAGAAAGCCUGUCAAUGCUAUGCCUGUUGCCAUUUUUGCAUAUGCGCAUGCCGAGUCUUCCGAAGAGACUGCAGCCGUAGGAAAAGCUCCCUUGUCUGCCAAAUAUGAAGCCGUCACAGGUUUGGGUGCCAUCCGAAUUGGACUUGACUAUGGCCUUCGCUGUCCAAAGACCAAGCUUCCUGUGUUGAAGGCAACCGGAAUUGUUGAACUCAAACGUGAAGAUGCCAAUGGAAAGGUUCGAGAAAUCACCAAGAAUGUUUUGACUUGCGUCGACCUUGCCACAGAUUUUGCACAGCAGAUCAUUGUAGAGCCUGGCGAUCUGGCCGAUGUUCAUGAGCAGCACAACCCUGUCUCACAAUCCCAGAUCCUUGCUGAUCCCUCAUUUGAAGCUCGAGUCAAACUGCGUGAUGAAGCCGCACGCGCGUUGGUUUGGGUUUCAUGGAACGGGGCUUUGUACCGUUGCUCACCAGAAGGUCUCCGUCCUUUGCCAGAAGAUGAGGCUCAAUUCCGAGAACUGUCGCAAAAGCUGUCAGCUGGGUGUCUGCACGACGAUGUCGAGAGAGCUGAAGAGACUCUUGAUAAGCGUUGGGGCCAGUAUGUGGACCUAGUGCCUGACCUUCCCACUGCCGAUGACAUGGAGUUGUCUCAAGAUGUUGAACAAGAACCUGAUUACGUAAACCCUGCACCUGAAACUGAAGGUGGUCCUAGAAAGGUCCGUAGAAGGUUUUACCGUAGUCAGCAGUACUGGGAAGAUCGUGCAGCCGGUCGCAUUGGACCUCAUGGUGCGUUGCAUGAAGGCGAACUGCCUACCCUCAUCAACUUGGAGGGCGGUGUGGCAAACCAAAGUGAUGAACCUCCUGCCAAACACCGUAGGAUUUCCAUAGAAGAUUUAGAGCCCCCUGUGCCUGAACUUAGUUUGGAGAGUCCUGGUUCAUAUACCCCUUCAAUAAUGGAUGAUGUAGUUCAGCCCAUGUCUCCGAAUGCACUUAGCCCUGACACGCCUGCCGAACUCCAGCCUGAUGCAGCCGCAGAACAGCUUUCCGAUUCUGCCGAGGGUGAAAAUACAGCCAUGUCCGAUGGAAAUGCGGGUUUGUCCGUACCUGAAUUGCCUGAUGUUGUCAUGUCGCCUGAAGAAGUCAACCGUCCAGUUGAAGUUCCUGUCCCAAAUGAUGAUGAUGAACUUGCAGUCCAACACCAAUCAACUGAAUGCCCAAAACAUGUUCAAGAGGUGUUUGAAAUGUCGGUUGAUAUAGUGCCUGAUGACAUCACAGACAAUCCACUGUGUCUGUGGAGUGUUCUAGAAGAUUGCUUCACGGUCAAUGUGCCCAAAGCAAAGCAGCGCCGUGUUGAAGUGUCUUUCAGAAAGCUCACCCAAGGUGGUGGAACCCCUGAAAUGGAUAAGACCCUGGAAGCACUCAAGAAAAAGCUGCCAUUUGGGGACUAUAGGACUUACACCAUCCGAUAUACGGGAGUGGAAAUCCGCCAAAACCCUCAAACUAUGGAGAUUGAAGUAGGCGUCAGCCCCAAAGCCUUCAGAUCCCAAACUCCAAAAGAUCCAGUAGCUUCCAGCAGCCAUGACGAUGGGCCGCUCAACCAGCAGGAGAUUUCUCUUGUGACUGGAUUGCUGCACAGAGCCAUCAAGUUCAAGCAGACGAGCCAGGUCUUAACAGCCUACCAGAUGUCGCAUGCUCCAAAGUCCAACUAUGUGCUCCACCGUGCCUUGCUGCAACAGUGUGAGGAGAUGACAGGUGAGGACCAAGGAAGUGUGGCAGGUAGCAUGACCGAUGCUACAAAGCGUCUUCGCGAAGUCGAAGAGGCCGAAGAUGAUGGCACGUCAAGCUGGAAUGUCUUCUACUAUGGGGACAACUACCCGCACUCUGGCAAUCAGCCAGCACCGUCCUACGUGGGCAGCCAGGGACACACAGUUCCAACGCCCUACAUGCAGACCCAGACAAUGCCGCAGAUGCCGACCAUCAAUGGCAAGAUUCCUUUGCCGAAGGGAUUGAGUGAGAUCGCAUGGGGAAAGAGCCUCUGCAAGUUGGACAAGGUGAAAGAAUGGUCGCCCAAUGGCCGCUCCUAUGUGGGAUUGAUGGAGGAUGCCAAGAAGUCUUCCGAGAUUUGCACCUACCUCAAAUGGAUCAAAAAGACAUUUGGAACUGGUGGUACAGGCAUCAUCAAGAAGAAGAUCACUCCUGCAGUUGACCUUGCGCUCUACCUCGAGCGAAUGGGUUGGUUGGAAGAAGAGCCGGAUGCACCAUUUGUGCGUGAGUUCGUGGAUUGA